CGACGCUGACUGUCGGCGCCGCCGAAGCGGCGGCUUCUUUCCCCGUGCCAGCGCUGGAGGAGUGCGCGGGCGGGCCACGCGGUGUGGCCGGGGGACCAUGUUAGUGGUGCGGCGCGUGGCGCUGCCGGUGUGGCUGCUGCUGCUGCUGGCGGCGGCGGGGUGCCCGCGCGUGGCCUGGUCGCUGGUGUGGUACUCGGCGUGGGUGACCACGGUCUACACCGAGCCCGGCACCAACCGAACGGUGCGGGGCAGCGCCGAGAGCGGCCGCUACGGGGACACCUCGCCCAAGGAGGGCGCGCAGGGCCUGGUGGGCAUCCCCCGGGGCGUGGGCGCCCGCCCCAUGGAAGGCUGUGCGCCAGACGCCGAGUACGAGGUGCCCACGCCUCCCGGCGCCGGCCGUGGGGGGCCGCCUCCCUCCUGGAUCGCUCUGGUGUCCCACGGCGGAUGCCGGCUGAAGGAGAAAAUCGCCAACGCGGCGAGGAAGAGGGCGGCCGCCGUGGUGAUCUAUAACGAGCUUCAGUUCGGCAACUCGACCCUGACCAUGCCGCACCUCGGUACUGGCAAUACAGUGGUAAUUAUGGUUGGGUAUCCAAAAGGAAUGGAGAUCUUGGAGCCAGUGCGAAGAGGGAUUCCUGUGAAAAUGACUAUUGAUGUUGGAAAUCGGCACAUACAAGAAUAUAUCAGUGGACAGUCAGUUGUUUUUGUAGCUAUUGCGUUCAUCACCAUGAUGAUUAUAUCUCUAGCGUGGCUUAUAUUUUUUUAUAUCCAGCGUUUCCUCUAUACUGGAACACAGUUUGGAAACCAGGGGAACAGAAAAGAAAUCAAGAAAGUAAUUGGCCAGCUGCAGCUCCAUAUUGUGAAGCAAGAGGAUAAGGAGCUGGAUGUUGAUGCUGAAAAUUGUGCUGUGUGCAUAGAAAACUAUAAACCAAAAGACACAGUUCGAAUUUUGCCUUGCAAACAUGUAUUUCAUAAAACAUGCAUUGAUCCUUGGCUAGUGGACCACAGAACAUGUCCAAUGUGCAAACUAGAUGUUAUCAAAGCUCUGGGAUGUUGGGGAGAACCUAAAGAUUUACUUGAACUUGCAGUACCUGAAUCAAUAAGUGGCAGCAUAUCAGCUGAAAGCUGGAGUAUUACUGUACAAGAAGAAGACAGAAAUGACCUAAGUGAGAUACCAGCAUCCUCUGCUCAUGAUUCCACAUUAAACUGUAGCAGAUUAAAAGAAGAUGUAGGUGAAACAGCAGCAUUACUUGAAACAGAUGGCGGAGGCAAACAGCCUGAAGAAUUCCUGUCCAGUGGAAACUCUCAAUGAAAGCUUUAAACUGAAAGCUAAAAGUUACUUUAUUUUUAUUUAAAUGGUAUGGACAUGUGUUUUACGUUUCAAAAGGGCUAAUAUAACUAAAUUUUGUAUGAGAAUAUUUUUUAGGAAAUCUAAUCCUAUAGAAAAGGGGGUAUACUGUUACUUUUGUGUAGAAAUGAGAGAGCUGCACCAAUUGACAUUGACAAAACCAGCAUGAAAUCUUAUGGGUGUGGUAGAAAAAGGGUGUGGGUGAUCUGAUGCCUUUGAGUUGGUUGAUCUUUUCCAAGAGUAUUGGAAAACAGGUUCCUUUCUUUCACUUGAUUUCUGUACCUUCGUUUGUAGGAACAGAGUCCAGGGGAAGAAACAGAACUGAUUUCUUAAAGAUGAUACAAAGGAAAAUACCCUUGGAUAAAGAACAGCAAGCUUAAAAUGUGUGAAAUAAUUUGUUUUUGUGCCAGAAAACUCUUACAGUGAACAAGCCUGGGAAGAAUAAACAGGCUGAUAGACAAAUAAUGGUGGGUUAUUGUAUUACAUGUAGCAUGCAUUUAUCAAACCUAGGUUUUUAAACCUUUUGUUUAAAAGAUUACCUAGUUAUUAAUAUAUAAUACAGAUUUGUAAAACACCAGACUAUUUAAGUGGUUAGCCACGCACUUGCUGAGAAAAUUACUGCAAGAGUCAAAAACACUUAGGUUGUACUAAAUUAAGUUUCAUGGUUGAAAUUAUUUUGCACUGCCUUGGAUACAUAGAUCAACUGCUUUCAUAUGUUGUGCAUGAAGAGUUAUUUAAUACUCAUGCAAGUUACCUCAACUCUUACAUGAGUAAAACUGAAGUAGAAAGUUCAUGGUUGGAAGUUAUUUAUUCUAUUUAUAAAUCCUCAUUGACUCAGAUAUAUAUGCAUCUUUUCCUGUUACUUCUCCAUGCGCUUCCUUUGCAUUUUCUGUAUCUGAACUCAGUAUUGGGAUCCUUGUGACAACAUCCUAUAAAGGUAUACAACAUUUUUUGCUUGAGGUAGCCAUUAGUUCCAUUUCUGUUCUGUUGCUAGAUUAGCAGCAUUGUGCCUUUUAUAUAAUGGCUGGGAAGCAUUAAGCUUGAAGUGUACAAAACUAAAAAAUACCACUGUUACUUAAUUUCCUGUUUAAGUAAUGCUACAUAAUAAGCUCAGAGGAAAACAGUAGUGUAUGUAGUAUGUUCAGAGUUUUAGUUGUUAUCACCAAUGAAUGUAUGUUGUAAAGUUUACACCUUGCUUAAAACUGCCCAAAGUAGACAUUCAGUAAGGUGCUUUCUGGAAUGCAUAUUUUAAAAUGGGUAUCUUCUAAAGCUGAAAUAUUUAAUUUUAUUAUGCUCCAAGAAGAAAAGUGGAAAGGCAGAAGAGAAGCUUGUUUUUAAGCCUCUGGAACAAGUGACUGCUGUAAACAUACAUGUCCAAUACUCCCUGAAGAGCUUGCCACCACUUCCUGCUGGAGAGCAACUUUGCCACAUGUUGAGUGUCAAAAUUUAUUUCUACUAGACCUGUAUCUUUCUGUGAGCACUCAGUGGAAUGGACUGCUAGCCAUGUCAAUAUUGAUGCUGGCUUUCAGAAAGGAACUAUCUCCAAGUCGUUCAGUAACUGAUGUUUCUACAUUCUCAGCACAAAGCAUUAACUACAAGUUUUAAAAAGAUCACAACUUCAGCUUAAUAUAAAGAGCUGACAGGAAGCUGGUACACUGGAAGGCUCCAAAUCUUAUCUAAUAUUUACAAUGCAGAGCUGCUGUUGGAGAAUACAGUGUGGUGUUGUGGAACUCAUUCAGACAAGCCCAGUUGAGAGAUAAUACUGAUCUGUAAAUCAGAAUUACUGAAGUUGUGUGCAUACAUGCUGGAUAGAAAAUUAUCAUGAAUUUCUUCCUGGUGUUAUAUUCAGUGUAACAUUUUGUGGUAGUGCUGCAUACUGUUUUCAGGAAGUACUUUAAAGUAUUUCUUGUGAGGUUCCUGAGGUCUCCCAUCCACAUAUAAGGAAGUGUAGCAAUAGUAGUAAAAAUACAGCUUAAUAAUCACAGCUCACUCACUUAGCUACACAAAACACUCCCUUAACAGGUUUUGGUUCUUUUAAAAAAUACCCAGCCUAAUAACAGCAAAAUUGAAAUUACCCUUAUAGACAAAGAACAGAAACUAUACCAUGUGAAUUUUUGUAAGACAUUACCUAGUUUCUCUAGUGCAUUUUACAACCCAACAAAGGUUACUUAAUGUUGAUUGGGAGCAGGGCAUUUCUCUGAAGAGCUGAAAAAGCCUUUAUCAGGACAGAAUUUAGGUCAAUGUUUCACUUUAGCAGGAUCUGUUGAGGUUUUCUGUUGAUGCACCAAAAUGAAAAAUGCUUCAUGUUAUGACAUGUCUCAGAAGUAAAGCUACAAGUCUGUUACUGGAGUAUCUGUCCUAACUUGUAUAUUUAAACAAAUUAUAAUUUUUUAAAUAAAAGUUGUUUUUGGUCUGUUGUAAAAAAGGUGCUUAUUUAUAGCCUCUCAGCAUAACUAGAAAUGAUAGGUUGUAUCCUGAAAAUGGAAAAAUGAGAAUUGGGAGAGACAGGAUAAUAAAUCCUGAAGUGUUUUCUAGAGUUUAAUUUCCUUAAUUGCUUGUUAUCCUUCCUAAUUUUUGAAACUUCAGGCUGAAGUCAAUGAAUUCCAAGCACUGUUCACAUGU